AUGCCCUUGAGAAUCUGCUGGCUUGUUUCCGGAGCGGGUUCGGACAGUUUCACUGGAGACGCGUGUGAAGUGAAAGUCGCGGCCCCGUCACACACUCCGUCAGCAGAGGCCGAGUUCAUGCGGAUCCGGGCCAUGGCUCAACAGGUCUUCAUGCUAGAUACGCAGUGCUCACCUAAAACUCCCAGCAACAAGGAAGGGUUUGAGCACGCUCAGUCCUGUGUGCUGAUCAUUGAGCUUCCAGCGGAUCCGCAAUCCAACGGCCAAGCGCAGAAGAGAAAAAUUGGGAUUCCCUUCAGGACUCUGGUGGUGAGUUUGCUGUCCCAUCAGGUGCUCCUCCAGAACCUGUAUGAUAUCCUCUUGGAAGAGUUUGUGAAGGGCUCCGGGGUCCCUGAGGGCCAGGCCAGGGUCCCGGCCGUGUCGGAGCCCCGAGGCGCAGGCUUUCUCCGCUACAUCUCCAUGCAGAACCUGGCCAUCAUCUUUGACCUGCUGCUGGACUCGUACCGCACAGCGCGGGAGUUCGACACGCGUCCCGGACUCAAGUAUCUGCUCAUGAAAGUGUCGGGGGUGUGUGGAGCUGCCAACUUAUACCGCCAAUCUGCCAUGAGCUUCAAUAUCUACUUUCAGGCUUUGCUGUGUGCAAUGCUGACGAACCAGGAGAACAUGACGGUGGAGCAGGUGAAGAAGAUCCUGAGUGAGGACGAGGAGGGCGGCUCAGACUCGUCCCAGCAGUGCUCCUCCGAGGACGAGGAUAUCUUCGAGGAGAUGGCCCAGGUGAGUCCUCCUCGUGCGCGGGAGAAGCGUCAGUGGCACGCUCGCGUCCCGUCUCUGAGCACGCAGCCCUCCAGCGGCGCGGACUGGGCCUGGCUGGUCAAACGCCUGCACAAGCUCUGCAUGGACUCGUGCAACAACUACAUCCAGAUGCACCUGGACCUGGAGAGCAGUUUAGGAGAACAACCCACACACCGGGCCGACCCGCUCUUUUUCUUACCGCUUUUUAAUUCGGAGACGUCCACGCCCUCGACCGGGGGCCCGUCGGGUCACGGGACGCCCUCAGAGGACAGUGUCCGCCUUCACCUCGACGAAACGCCCUCGGAUGAGAUCCACAGUCCCGGUGGAUUGAGUGCAAAUGUCCCCCAGCUGAGAGGAGAGCGGAGAGACGGGCCCGUAAGAAGGAGUGGUGGGAGAGUGCGGGGAACAAGCUGUACACCAUCGCCACCGACAAAACCCUCAGCAAACUCAUGA